AUGAACUUUAUAAAUAAUCAUCCACAAAUGAGUCGUAUUUCGGGCGACAUAACUCUACUCCAACUAAAUUCGAACAGUUUUACUCAAUUUCCCCAAACAAACACCAUGUCAACUGCAACAACACGUACAGACAACGUACUCAAGUCGGAACGCUUGGUAUAUACCAACAAUACAACGUCGAAAAGUACGGAGGUUGAGGAUCAUCGAUCGACACAUAUUCUGUGUACUGAAACUAAUAUGUCGCAUAAUCCUUCGCAAAUAUCAAAUGAUUAUAUGUGUUUGACAAACUUAAACGCUGAGACAGAUCUAAUGCAAUCGACGAAGAUUCAAAUAAAACAUCAGCCGCGUGCAAAAUUCCGUCCUCGAACGCAGAAUGAGAGUAAAACAUCCGCACAUUAUAUCCGAUGUGAAGGGAGUGUCGAUGCCGAAUAUCCAACUAUUUUCGUACCUCAAAUAUGGGCGCGUGAAUCAGAUACAAAUAUUAUUGAAAUACAACUUGUUGACGUUUUUAAAAACCCACAUCCUUACUCACUUAAUAAUAAAGCAUCUGCAGAUCAACCAUUAGAUAUACAAUCAGAUGAACCGAACAAAGUAUUCUUCCGUUUGACCAAUGAUGACUUCGUAAAUGGUUGUAAAUCCCUUAUGAUCGAAUUUAUUAAAAGUAAACAAGACAAUUAUAUUACGAAGAAAUUAAUUCAGGAACGCAAACUCUAUCAAUCGAUGCUUCGUUUUACACGAAUUUUUCGAAAUAAAUGUGGAGAAUAUCAUUACGAUGUUGGUAGUACCGAAUACUCCAACAUUAUGACAGAGAGCUAUGGUAACAUAUCCAUCGAACAUAUAGGACCAAGAUAUGGCCCGAUGACUGGUGGUGAAAUCAUAUUUAUUAUUUUAAAAGGUCGCGUCACGAAACCUGAUGUAUCGAUUGAGCUCUGUGAACAAGAUACGCAUGUUCUGUACAAAAUAGACAAAUUUGUAGUACAGAGCAAUGUCAUCUACUUUCGAAUGCCUUCGUGUUCAGUAUCAGAUAGAACACAUGUGCAAGUAUCGAUAGUAAUCUAUUAUAAAAAAGAAAAAUUUUACGAAACAAUCUACGAUUAUUUGGCAUUGUUGAACGGACUAUCAUCUCCCAGUCAUACCGAUGAUUUUAACUCGGAUAGCUCGUUGUCGUUCAUAUCAAAUUGUUCGACGACUAGGCCGAUCGAUGAAGUAUUGCCGACGUCAAGAACUCCUCCGAAAGCAUCCAAAACCAAAGUACAAAAACGUUUAGACAACAGAUAA